UUCGGGAAGUUUCGAGAAAUUCAAGAUACCGCAUCUGGAGAGCGAAGACUGCGAAGUCAUCAGUUUUAUUUUAACAUCGGCAUAGCAAAGUUUUCUAUUCGCACUUGUCGCAUUGGUGAAUGGAAGGUAAAUUUUUGCGGAAUAAUUAGAAAUAGUAAACUUCUAUAAUAUUGCAAAAUCUGAAUUCAAACGCGAGAUAUUAACGAGUCGGAGAAUAAUUGAUUGUGUUUUCGUUCGCUACGAAAAAAUAAGUAAAAGUGUUAGUGAAGAAGGAAGUGUCAGUUCACUGCAAGUUUCGUCCAUUGCUUUAUUAGAGAAGGAAACUGGAAAAUUUGCAUAAGACCAGACCGAAUACAGUAAAAACAGCAGAAUGUCUGUGAUUGGAAUAGAUUUUGGUAACGAGUCCUGUUAUGUUGCCGUAGCAAAGGCUGGCGGUAUUGAAACGAUUGCCAACGACUACAGUUUGCGAGCCACACCAUCAUGCGUUGCAUUCGCCGGCCGAAAUCGUGUGCUCGGCGUGGCCGCCAAGAACCAACAGGUGACUAACAUGAACAACACAAUCGGCGGCUUCAAACGAUUACUGGGUCGCAAGUACAACGAUCCGCACGUGCAAAACGAGUUACGCAAAAUACCGUACCGAGUGGAAGCCCGACCUGAUGGCGGUGUCGGCAUACGAGUCCAGUAUCAGGAUGAGGAGCAUGUUUUCAGUCCGGAACAGAUCACGGCAAUGCUUUUCACCAAACUGAGGGAGGAUGCUUUCAAAGAACUGAAGACGCAGAUUAACGAUUGUGUUAUCACGGUACCGUCGUUUUUUACCAACGCCGAGCGGCAGGCACUGCUUGAUGCAGCCGGUAUAAGCGGCCUAAACGUGCUACGAAUGAUGAGUGAAACCACCGCCACUGCACUGAGUUAUGGAUUCUACAAGCAGGACUUACCGGCACCGGAGGAGAAGCCUCGUAAUGUUAUUUUUGUGGAUUUUGGACAUUCGGCAUUGCAGGUUUCGGCGUGCGCCUUCCAUAAGGGUAAACUAAAGAUGCUGGCCUGUUCGUCUGAUCAGGUCGGGGGCAGGGAUUUUGAUUAUGCCUUGGCCGAUUAUUUCACAAGCGAGUUCCAGACGAAGUACAAAAUUGAUCCCAGAACCAACAAGAGAGCUUUUCUUCGUCUGUUGACCGAGGUGGAAAAAUUAAAAAAGCAGAUGUCGGCUAACAGCACCACGCUGCCGUUGAACAUCGAAUGCUUUAUGAACGAAAUCGAUGUCCAGUCGGCUGUUCAGAGAUCGACUAUGGAGGAGUUGUGCGCUGCUUUGCUGCAACGUAUCGAGGCCACAAUGAAAAAACUUCUUAAAGACUCCAACUUAGCCUUGGAGGAAAUACAUUCCGUCGAGAUCGUUGGUGGCAGUACACGUAUCCCGGCAAUCAAGCAUUUGAUCGAACAAAUUUUUGGAAAACCUGCUAGCACUACGUUGAACCAGGAUGAAGCAGUCUCGCGUGGUGCUGCUUUGCAAUGCGCUAUUCUAUCUCCAGCGGUACGCGUUCGCGAGUUCAGCUGCAGCGAUGUGCAGGCCUAUCCCGUGCUGAUCUCCUGGGACGAUGGAACCCAGCGUAAUGAGAUGAAGGUGUUCGAACAGUUUCAUACUGCUCCUUUCUCUCGACUGCUAACCGUGCAUCGGCGGGAUCCGCUUACGAUCAACGUUCAUUACGAACCAAACAGUGUUCCAUAUCCGGACCCAUUCAUCGGCUCUUUUCACAUUAAGGAUAUCAAGCCGAAUGCGAACGGUGAUCCGCAGGAAGUGAAAAUCAAAGUUCGCAUCAACCAGAAUGGCAUUGUUUUGGUAUCGAGUGCAAAUAUGGUUGAAAAACGCGAAAGCGAAGAAUCUGUUACGCCUCCUGCUACCGCAAAUGGUGAGGAACAACAACCCAACUCACCUCAAGGUGAUGAGCCUCCCAAAACCGGAGAACCCAUGGAUAUUCAAGAGGGAAGCGAUGAUGAACAAACUAGAAAAGAUACUAAAUCAGACACCGAAAACAGUGCAGGUGGAGGGAGUUGGACGCAAAAGGUCAGCAGAUGGUUUACCUCUUCGGACAAAAAAAAGAAGAUCGUUACAAAAUCCGUUGAUUUACCCAUCGAGAGUCGAACUCACGGCUUCGUCAGUAAUGAACUGAGCAACUAUCACGAAUUGGAGAUGAAAAUGAUUGCCAACGAUCGACAAGAAAAGGAACGCAUCGAUGCUCGCAAUGCUUUGGAAGAGUUCGUGUACGAAAUCCGUGGCAAGAUCCAGGAGGAUGGCGAAUUGAGUGCCUACAUCGAUCCAGAUGAUGCAUCGCAGAUUACUCUCAAACUUGAAGAUAUCGAAAACUGGUUGUAUGAGGAUGGUGAGAACUGUGAAAAAUCAGUAUAUAAGGAGAAACUAGCCGGUUUACGCCAACAAACGGAUCCGAUUCGUGUUCGGUGCGAGGAGUACAACGGUCACGAACAGGUAUUCAUUGAGUUGGGGCACACAAUUCAGCAGACGUAUAAAGCGGUUGAACAAUACCGAGCCAAGGACCCGAAGUACGAUCAUUUAACCGAGACGGAAAUUUUGAACAUUACCGAGGCGGCCCAGAAGGCCCAAAAGUGGUACGAAGAUUCCCGAUCUCGAUUGGUCAAUGCUCGUAAAACACAGGAUCCCCCCAUAAAAGUCUCCGAUAUCCGUCAUGAGAAUCAAACUCUGUCAAUCUGCAUGAAUUCGGUACUAAAUAGACCAAAACCGAAACCACCAACUCCUCCGGCGGAUGCCAACAAGGAUCAGGCUCAGAAUGGAACAGAUCAGACAAAGGAACAGCCGGAUGUUCAUCAUCAACCGAAGGACUUCACUGAGGACAAAAUGGACGUCGAAUAAGCUAGUUAAUUAGAACGUUUGCGUUACAAACACAAACUCCUACAAACAAAUACACUUUUUAUUUAAUGAAUAUUUGAAUAAGGUGAGAAGAAUCGCAGCGCAAGAGUGGGAUUGUAUAAAAAUUAAUGGCCUUUAGUUUUGUCCUUUCACUUAAAAUCAAUAGAUAAAUAUAAGUUAUACACCCCAGUUAAUCUGUUAUCAGCAGUUUUCUGGGUUACCCACACUAGAGGAUAAUAGAUAAAAACAGCUAUGCACAUUUAUCGCUGUCUUUCUCUUUGUGUUCUUUUUUUGCUAUAGAAAUUUGAGAGCAAAAAGGAAUUUAUUGCCAAUUCGAAACAAAAUUGCUUUUUCUGAAAUUCGAAUAUACGUUCCUUUUUUUUAUUUAUCUUAAUACGACUUAAUACAGCAAGGUUAUUCAUCUUGCAAUAGCUUUCAUCUAUAACAAACGCUCUACUUUGUUGUGUAACAUUACAUAAUUACAGCACUGACGAUAGAAUUCUUUAUAUGUUGAACAACAGGUUAUAAUAAAAAUUAAAAAAAAAUGUUUACUGAAUCAUACAUAUUUUUGUUCGAAAUGCUGCUCAAUUCUCGCGCAAAAAUUAAAUCUCAAUAACGUUCGAUGUAUCUUAUGAUUCAGAUGUGAAACGGAUUUUGUGAUUACGGAAGUUGAAAGGGAGUAACUCAAACAAAUAGUUCUACCUUAUUCAAAUUGACACUCUACCGAAAGGAUAGGUCCAAUAAUCAAACUCAAUACACAAUUGCCGUUGUCUAACGUGAAAUCAUAAUAGACUACUAACUGUGUAUCAAACCAUGUUCUUGUGAAAAUCGAAGCUGCAUGAAGAGGAUGAUGGAUUAAGUUUCGCUGAACA